UUUUAAAUUUUUCAGAUUUUGAUAAUUGUAAUUCCAUACUAUUUGUUGUAGGAAAAGUGAAUUAAACAUAGGUUUACUAAUCUAAGAUAAGAUUAAAAUGAGUAAUUCAAUAGUUUACUUUGACGUUACCGCCAAUGGCGAAGAUAAGGGAAGAAUUGUGUUUGAAUUGUUUAAUGAUGUUGUUCCAAAGACUGCUGAGAAUUUUAGAGCUUUAUGUACUGGUGAAAAGAGGGUAUCACCAAAAUCUGGAAAACCACUUCAUUAUAAAGGGUCAAUAUUUCAUCGUAUCAUAAAGGAUUUUAUGUGUCAAGGUGGUGAUUUCACUCAUGGUACUGGUAUUGGUGGUGAAUCAAUUUAUGGAGAAAAGUUUGAAGAUGAAAACUUUAAAUUAACUCAUGAUCAACCAUUCUUAUUAUCCAUGGCCAAUGCUGGUCCAAAUACCAAUGGAUCUCAAUUCUUCAUCACUACUGUUCCAACUCCACAUUUGAAUGGAAAACAUGUUGUGUUUGGUAAAGUUAUUCAAGGUAAGUCCAUUGUUAGAAAAUUGGAAAGAUGUGAUAAAGGUGAAAACGAUAAACCAGUUGAAGAUUGGAUAAUAAAUGAUUGUGGAGAAUUACCCAGUACUUAUGAACCAGUUUCUGGUGUUACUAAUGAUGAGUUCGGUGAUAUUUAUGAAGAAGUUCUCACUGAUAAUGAUACUAUUGAUGUUAAUGAUCCUCAAUCUGUAUUCAAAGCUGUCACCUCCAUAAAAGACAUAGGUACUAAACUUUUAAAAGAAGGUAAUUUAGAAAAAUCUUUAGAGAAAUAUACCAAAGCUUCUAGUUUCUUAAGUGAUUACUUCCCCGAAGAUUUAUCUAAAGAGGAUUUAGAAACAGUUGUUAAUUUAAAAAUCAGUUGUUUCUUAAACACUGCAUUAGUGGCUUUAAAGUUAAAUGAUGGAAAGAAGACUAUAGAUGCUGCUAAUAGUGCCUUAGAAAUAGAAGAAAUCGAAGAUAAAUCAAAGGCUAAAGCCUUAUAUCGUAAAGGUAUGGGUUAUCUUUUAGCCAAAGAUGAAGAAUCUGCUCAAAAAGCUUUAGAAGAAGCCUUAACCAUACAACCAAACGAUGCCUCUAUAUUAAAAGGACUUCAAGAUGUCAAACUUAAGAUCAAAGUUCGUAAAGAAAAGCAAAAGAAGGCUAUGUCAAAGUUCUUCUCUUAGAUCUAACCGAACUGUACUCAAAUUUACCAUAGUUUAGUUAAGUAAAAGUUUGUAUCACGCGUAAAUAUUAGCACCAUUUUUUUUUUUUUCGAAAUUUUCCGUAUUCUCGCCACAUUGAAAAAUGAAAAAUACACCAAAUUAUCAACAUAUCUAUUAUGCUU